UAUCAAUACUAGAACCUGUCGAGCACAUCGAUAGUAAAUAUCAAUACCUGCGAGUCCAAGACUCGAAUGUAAUCUUGACGCAUGAGUCUGCUAAAUGUCUAUCACCAAAAUCAGCAAAUUCAAAGCUUCCGAGAACUUCUUCACAAGCGACAAGAUGUCCACAGCUAGCUUUCGUGAAUUUUGGGAUGUUUGUGCCUCCGACGUCGCUCGUAGAACGCACAAUCCCAUAAGAUCGAUUGUAGAAAAUAUCGCCACCGAUCCCAAUCCAAAGAAGCAGAUGAUCGCGUUGUCUAUUGGCGAUCCUACAACUUUCGGCAAUUUAAAACCACCGAAGGAAGUAAUUGAGGCCGUUCAGGAGAGCGUUGCUUCGCAAUUAUACAACGGAUAUGCACCGAGCAUAGGUUAUCAGACGGCGCGAGAAGCCGUAGCUGAGUACAGCUCGAACGAACUCGUGAAAGUCGAUCCCAAGGACGUAAUCCUGUGCAGUGGAUGUUCUUGCGCACUCGACUUGUGUAUUACAGCUUUAGCUCGAGAAGGCCAAAAUAUUCUAAUUCCACGGCCCGGGUUUUCCAUCUACCGAACGCUAGCGGAGGGUCUCGGUAUUAUGGUCAAAACGUACAAUUUACGUCCGGAACUCGGUUGGGAGAUCGAUCUAGACGACCUAAAGGACCAAAUCGACGAGUCGACGGCGGCGAUUGUUAUAAACAAUCCGUCAAAUCCAUGCGGCUCCGUGUUCAGCCGCGACCAUAUACUUGACAUUCUCAACAUCGCCGCACGUUACUACGUACCCAUUAUAGCCGAUGAGAUUUACGAGCACAUGGUAUUUCCAGGACGGACUUUCCACUCGUUAGCGUCUCUAUCGACCGAAGUUCCUAUUUUGUCGUGCAGCGGACUGACUAAAAGAUUUUUAGUACCAGGAUGGCGUAUGGGUUGGAUAAUAAUCCACGAUCGUCAGAACGUGCUGGAAACCGAGAUUCGCAAAGGUUUACAUUGCUUGAGCCAACGAAUAAUCGGCAGCAAUACUAUUGUUCAAGGUGCCUUGCCCAGCAUACUUAGAAAAACUCCACAGAAGUUUUUCGACGAUGUUAUUCGUACUCUACACUCGCAUUCCAAAUUGGCCUACAAGUGCAUCACAAAGAUCCCAGGACUGAAGCCAAUAAUGCCGGAUGGAGCGAUGUACAUGAUGGUCUACAUCGAUCUGCCGUGCUUUCCGGAAUUUAAUUCCGAUCUGGAAUUCGUGCAGAGACUUCUAAUAGAAGAAUCCGUGUUUUGUCUACCCGGCCAGUGCUUUGAUUAUCAUUCUUAUAUGAGACUGGUAAUAACCGUACCAAGUAACAUGCUCGAGGAAGCUUGUCAGAGGAUUCAGGAAUUUUGUAAGAGACAUCAUUAUAAAACGGUGGAGAGCCCGAAAAAGAACAAUUUUGUCAACAUAGAUUCCAGAAGAUUCCAUAUUAAAAAACGACCAAACAUACAGAAAUUAGAACAUUAAUUAAUCUGCAUUAACCCGUUGAGUAGUUUUCUCCGGAUCUCUGAGUUCUUCUGAAUUCAAAAAGAACUCUUCAGCCUUGGUUUUUGCUUUUGUGUAUAUAUACACUGGAAAAAAAGUUUUGUUGUUUUAUGAGAAAUUUUGGUUGAUUCAACCUGUCCGUUUGUUCGAAAAUGAACGAUACAAAUUUUGUAGUUAGAAUUACCAGAGGAUUCUGGUUAAUUCCAUUCUGUUUGAAUCUACCAGAAUUUCUUGUUAAUCUUACUACAUCGUUUUGUUAGGUUUACAAAACUCUACAAAAAUUUCUUAUUAAUCUUAUUAUAUUGUUUUAUUAGGUUAACACAAUUUUUUGGUUAAAAAACGAGUUUGGAUAGAGUUUUUAAAAUAAUAACAAUAUAUCUUGGUUUAAAGUACACUGCAUAUAUUUUACAUAUAUUUUACUAACCUCUAAAAAUCUCUAUAUAGCUGUCGAAAUUCCAUUCGCGCAGAAGAGAAGACAUUUUUUCGUCCGCCAUGCCGUUGAACAGAAUAAUGUAAAUACACGAUUGUAAGAUACACGAAACAAAUAUAAAAGGUACCUUAUGGGUACCGCGUGAUAUUAGUAUCGCAUCGAUACCGCGUUGGUUUGCGCGAGAUUGGCAUGCACCGACUUGCGCUGCGAGAACGAAGGCGCCAGCAUUAUCGCUAUUUUUGUAAAUAUAACAAGAAGUUUUGUAUUAUUUUGUAGAUUCAACAAGAAGUUUUGUAGAUCCAACAAGAAAAACUUAAUCAAAUCUUUAUAGUACAGUUAACCAAACGGUGUAGUUAUAAGCUGUAAAAUCUUGUUAUGAUAACCAGAAAUUCUGUUUCGUUUAAUAAGAAUACGCUCAACCAGAACCGUUUUAUUAUUAUAAUAAAACCAUUUUUCUCAGUGUAUAUCUUCUAAGUUUCUACAUUUUUAUCUUUAAGUGUAUAAUUAUUUGGUCUAUAAUUUUAUCUUCUAUUGUACUUGCUUGUAAAUGCUUGUAUAAUAACUAAAUAAUGUUUCAUAUAUCUGUACUUAUAUGUACUCCGCUUAAUUUUAAAUACAUGGCAAUAAUAAUGAAUAAUUGAUGAAUUAAUGCAUAAUGUUAUAGUGUUAUAAUUCUAAUCUUAAAAACUAGAGCUUGAAAUACCAUUGCAAAACCGAAACUAUAUUAUCGAAUUGCAUUAACCCAAGCUAUUUGCUUCUUGUUUACUUGCAAAACCCAUGAUUGUUUCCAGCUAAAUGUAUUCUGAUAAUACAAGAUAUUUGUUUUUGCUCCAUAUAACUAAGUAAUGUAUUUAAAAUAAAAUUUUCUCUGUGUAUAUUUUUUUCUCUAAUACUUUUAAUACAUGUUUAAAAUCUGCGUAGCAGUAAAGUUGUAAUAUACCAAAAUAGUUAACAUUUAAGGUUAUUCUAUAAAAUACAAAUGCGAGUCAUAAAUCGCAAACAUGAGCAUUAAUAGGCCAAACAAAAGCAUUAAUAGGCAUGAAUAGCUUUUAAAAAAUUACUGCGUGUAUAAAUAGUAUCUGACUCACCGCAUAGUUGUUUCGUUGUCAUUUGAUGGUUCUCUGGAUCUCUCUCUUCUCCUCGUUUCUCAUUUUUCUGUUGUUGCUUCUCCAUGACACCUGCACACAUUCAUUUGCGAAAAUACAUUAAUAACAGUUGCACGCGCAUUAAUCGUUAGCUUACGGCGAAAUGUAAUUUGGCGUAAAUAAGAAUAAUGCAUUUAAAAAAAGAGAGAGAGUUGCCUAAAACUCAAUACUUGCGAGGUCUCGUAAAUUAACGCAAUGUAUAAAUCUCGAAUGUCAGGGAGAAUUUUUAUAAAUCAAUGGAUGUAACAAGCACUAUGUGAUUGACGUAUCAUAGUUAACUAGAUAUAUGAUUGAUUUGUAACUGUACACUGUAAGAAUGAUAGCGUUUUGAGAAAUAAUGGAUACACAAACGGAAUGGCGCGCGCCGCGCGAGUGGCAACACGUCAGUCCUGUGUGCAAGACAGGAUAUCGAUUGCCGUAAAAAGAACUUUAAAUAUAUCGUACUCGAAUUAGUCUCGUCGUACGGUACAUUCAAAUGUACAUUGAAUAUUCUCGCGUUAUAAAUUAAUGAAUAACCAACAUAGCACACUUGAACGCAUAACUCGAUUAAUCAUUCGAUUGGUAAAUAUAUAGAUACGAUAUUGCACUCGCAAAUCCAAAAUCUUUACAAAAAUGACCGUCAUUCGUACAUAUCGUAAAACAAUUGUGCACCUCGGUCCUAUGCUUCUUCGAUUUCUUUUUCUAUGAAUAAAACAAGUGGGAUAU